UCUUGAGAGUGAACAUGGCUUUUAGACAUCAGGUUCAGCGUCUGACCGAGGAGCUAAACUGUCCUAUUUGUUUGGAUAUUUUUACUGAUCCUGUUAGCCUGGAAUGUGGCCACAAUUACUGCCGCUUCUGUAUCACCCUGUGCUGGGAAAAACACGCGGCACAACUCUGUCCGGAAUGCCGCCAGCUUAUUGCCAACAAGAACCUCAAGGUUAAUCGGACCCUGGUCAAAAUGGUGGAGAAAGCUCGUGAAUUCAGCCUGAUCUCGACACACACGGGAAUUAAACAUCAGUGUGAGAAACACCGGGAGGAAAUGAAGGUUUUCUGCCAAACAGACAAGAAAUUGCUGUGUUUAAUUUGCAGAGAUGCGCGAGAACACAGAGGUCACAACUUCCUGCCGUUUGAUGAAGCAGCUGAAAUCUGCAAGGAACAAGUGAAAUCUUCCUUAGCUUCUCUCACACAAAUGAAGGAAAAUGUGCUACGCGCUGAAGCCAAACAGAGAGAAAAGAUUUCUCAAGUUAAGGAACAGGUGAAUAGUUUGCAGACCCACGUCACGGCUGAGUUUGCUAAAAUGCACCAGAGUCUGACUGACAGAGAGCAGCGAGUGAUGCGAGAUCUCAGACAGCUAGAGGACGAGAUUUUACAACGUAUGGAGUCAAAUCUGCGAGAGAUUCAGUGCAAACUAGAUUCUGUGCAACAAGAAGUCAAAGAGUUACAGACACACAUCGAGAAAGACUCUCUCACCUUCCUGCUGGAGGAAACUGCUGGCCACACAAGGUUCAGUAACGAAGGUUAUAGUGUGUCAGUGUGUGAGGUGGAGCUGCCUGUGGCCAUGUACAAGUGGCCUACGAGGAAUACAGUUUGGAGACGCAUGAUAGAGAGUAUCAGCCCAGCCCCGGCCUCUCUGACUCUGGAUCCUGACACAGCCCAUCCCAAGCUCAUCCUGUCUGAGAAGCUGACCAGUGUGAGACAAGGAGACAAACAGCAGCAGGUCCCUUACUCCCCGAAAAGGUUUGAUAGCGUAGUCUGCGUACUGGGGUCUGAGGGUUUCAAUUCAGGGAGACACCACUGGGAAGUGCAGGUGACAAACAAGACAAAGUGGGAUGUGGGAUUGGCCAGCGAGUCUGUCAGCAGGAAAGGUUCAAUCUCACUGUCACCAAACGACGGAUACUGGGCUGUGACACUAAGAAACGGGGAUGUAUAUGAAGCACGUACCUCAUCUCAUACCCGCCUGCUCCUGAGAGAGAGACCAGAGAAGCUGGGAGUUUACUUGGAUUAUAAGGGGGGACAGGUGACGUUUUACAACGCUGAUAACAUGUCUCAUCUCCACACUUUCACCCAUACUUUCACUGAGAAAGUUUAUCCUUACUUCAGUCACUGUAAUAAUGACAACGGGAAAAAUUCUGAGCCUCUGAGGAUCUGCAGAAUAACAGUUUAACGAGGAGCAAACCCUCAGCCAUGACUUAUGUUUGGCCGUCAAAGUCAACAACUGGAAGCUUUUAUCAUUUGUGUCUUUAUACAAUAAAUCUUGUAGUUUAUAUUAUACCUUUUGCAUCGGGCCCACGGCUCAAGUCUUUCUCGGGAUCAACCGUAAAGUGAUGGUUGCAUAUGGGAGCGAAUAUGGAACCAAUUUAUACUGAACAACCUGUACAUCAAUCACGUUUCACACAAUAAACAUCAGUUUCGACUGUUCAGCUCCUGAUAUCUACAAUAAUAACCCUUGCAAUUCUCAUAGAAGAUGAUCACUUCUUCUGAAAUUCUCAAACGACCUCACAGCAUGUAAUACAAACUAAUUAAUCUUUUGAUUUGUGGAUAAAAUGCAGCAGCCGAUUGAACGAAGUAGUGUCCCACUUAAAUUAGUGUAAUAACUAUCGCAUUUUUUCAAAGGAAUUAUUACCGCAGAAUUGCGAUCCAAUUGUCGACUGAAAAUCUGUUUACAAUUUAACGAUAAUAAAAAGAAUCGUAUGGAGUAAGAAAACAUGCCUAAUGUUUAGCCCAGCCCAUGUAUCAAGCUUACGUCCUCUCGGUUGCGAGGCAAAUGCUCUGUCCAUUUAAGUACAGUACUCAGCAUGUCUUUCAUCUGCUGUUAAUAAAACUGG